UCCACGGGCCCCGCCAUGCCGCGCCCCGCGGGAAGGCACCGGGCGGCCGCGGGUUCCGCUUCCGGGCCGGCAUUUUCCCCGCGUCCCGGGCGGGAAAUGGAGGCGCCGCCAAAGCCGGAGGCGGCGGGCGCGGGGCCGGGGCCGGCGGCGGGGGAGGCGCGGCGGGACCCGCGGGUGCGCUGCUGCUCGCGGCGCGGGCUGGGCGCCGUGCUGGAGCUGUGCGCGCCCUUCGUGCGGGCCCUGGCGCAGGGACAGCCCGGCGGGGCCGCCGCCGAGGCGGACGCGAUCUGGAACUUCGAGACAGCGGUGCGGGAGAACGUCACCAUUAACGGGCAGCCCUGGGAGGAGGCCUCGGAUGACUCCCGGCUGCAGAGCGAUUCCAAUAUUAAAAUUCUGGAGGAUCAAUUUGAUGAAUUAAUAGUAGAGACAGCAACUAGGCGUAAACAGUGGCCCAAAAAGAUCCUGGUGCAUGCUAUCGAAACCAUGAAAGCAGAGCAGGAGAUGUUGAAGCUCUACCAGCCUGUGGUAAAACCAGCAGACAUAAGACCUCAGCCUUCUCAAGAUGCUUACAUCGCAGAUCUGAAGCAGGCGGCAGAGGUGGCAUCCAAACAGAUCAGCGAAGCCAUGCAGUGUAUUCCAGCACUCAUAGAAAAAGCAGAAGGUUUUUCCCAAGCAUUGACUAUGCAACCAACCUUGGAACUCUGCAAGCUGCGGCAAGAAGUCUUUUCUGGUUUCAAGGUGAAGGAGGAAAACAACGUCCAAAAUUCAGUACCACCAGGAGAAGUCACACCAACAGGAACUGUUUGCAGUAAAAAUCCUUAUGUUUUGCUGAAAAGAAGAAAAGCUGCAGAUUCCCCCGGGAGAAGGCGCUACCCACUGCGGCGGAGGAAGAUCACUCUCAGUGCAUGAAUUUUUCCUUUUGUGUUUUCACAUUGGAAUCUCAGUUGUACUUUUGUUCCAUGUGUCCCACCUUUAUUUCUUAGAACUCAUCUCCCCUCAGUGCUAUACAUGGGAGUUUCUUUAAUGAGUCUUUGACCUUUUAAAUAUUUCUGGUUUUGCUGACAUGCUGAUGAUAUAUGGUACAUGUACCAGUAGCAUCCAAUAUCCAGCAAGUGUAUUUGCCAUUUAACUCAUUUUUUGCUCUUAUAUUGCAGUUUUUAGCUUGAGUCCUUGUGCUUCUCAGAGUUCAUGUGCAUGCUUUAUGUAUGUGGGCAGUCUUUUAGGAAACCACUAACUGUUCAUUUACAUUCAGCGUGUCUCUAAAGAGGUUGGAGAAUGUCUAGUUCUCUUAAUGCACCUUCAUUAAUUACUGAGGCAUGUGGCUUUUAUAUUAAUGAAUUAAUUGACACUGCAGCAUAUUGAAAUCACCAAAUUUGGUGCAAUGUUGGAGUUUUAAGGAAGUCUAUGCACACAUGUGACAUUAAUCCUUGCUAUCCUACCUUUCCUGAAUGUAGGUCAUUUAGGCUUAUUUAUAGUCAUGUUUGUUGAAACUUGGAUUUUUAAUAAUUGUAUGUGUUUACUUGCAGUGUGCUCUUCUGAACACGAAUUCAACCAUCAACAUCUUAGGGUCUGAUAUAUCAUUUAAUGUAAUCCAGUUGUGCACCUGGGGUUUUCCUGAGCAAUAUUUCUACCCAAGAAAGGAUCUUGACUUGGGUUAUGUUUGCAUUGGUGUUGUUUGACUAAACUUUAAAGAUCACUAGAGGCUACCAGUUAAUGGUAUUCACUUGAGCUAGCUUACUUUUGUUUUCUUUACUCAUUGGUGCCUAGAAUAUUGGAAAUUAGUACUAAAUUGAGCCUUGUGCCUUAACCAUUUAUAACUUUUUCUAGUUUAUGGUUGCAUGUGCCUGCAGUAAAUACUCCUGUCUAGUAUGUAACAUAUUUGUUACACAGUAAAUGGAAGGGGGUUUUAGAAGCUUUAUUAAUGACAUGUUUGGUGCUAAGAAGACAGGUCCAACCCCAUGUCUAAGAGACUGAGAGUUCACAAGAAAACAGAUUUUAGCAUAAUUUCUUUUGUAAAAGUGAGCAUCUGUACUGAGACUUUGUAUAUGUAAUAAUAUGUAAAUAUUUUUCCUGACCUUGUAUAUACAAAUGU